AUGAGGCCUUCUUCCGCUCUUCUUGCCCUGGGCCUCCUCCCUGAAGCUCUUGGCAAGGGUACUCGACCAGCAGAAACAUACAAAUCCUGCCAAAGGAUCACCCCUGAUCCUCUUCAGGGCUGUCCCCAUGGCACUCUGUUUGUCAGCCAGACCGACCAUCGAGCUCAUUUCAAAUCUAUCCAGGCGGCCAUCCACUCGCUGCCCAAUGAUAUCUCUUCCCAUGUCAUCCUUAUCGGCGCUGGAACCUAUGUGGAGCAGCUCAACGUGACACGCUUUGGACCUCUCACGCUCCUAGGCCAGUCGAAUCGCCCCUGGCAGCGGGAAAGCUAUGGUGAUAUCGAUACCAACACCACCAUCCACAACGAUGUUCAAAUCUACUGGAAUGCAGCCAACCACAAUGCCGCAUUCCCGGACAAUGUCUACACCGGCGUUCUGACUGUCGGUCCUACCUAUAACGCGACCAUUACCGGCGCAGGCCCAACAGGAUAUCCGGUGCCUGCCGACACCCCUUUUGGAUGCUCCGACUUCCGCGCGUACAACAUCGAUUUUCGCAACGAGUACGUUCCAUAUUCAUAUGGACCUGCCCACGCUGUUGGCUUGGGUUAUGCAAACGCAGGUUUCUACUCUUGCGGUCUCUACAGCUACCAGGAUACUUUGUACGUUGGCAAACUCGCCAAUGCUUAUUUCUACGACAACGUGAUUGCGGGCCAGACCGACUUUCUCUACGGCUUCGGCACGGCAUUCAUCGAAAAGACGACUCUCUCCCUGCGCGGGUGUGGCGGUGGCAUUACAGCCUGGAAGGGCACCAACACCACUUUUGAGAACAAGUACGGUGUCUACAUUGCCGAUUCCCAGGUCAUCGCAGCCAAUACAUCCAUCGGAAAUGACAUCAAGGGACGGUGCUCGCUGGGACGCCCCUGGAAUAACCUCCACCGAUCGAUCUUCAUGAACACAUACUUCGAUUCCAGCAUUCUCCCUGCGGGAUACACGGUAUGGAAGGGAGCACCGAACAACAACUUCAUCAAUGAGACCUUGAUGGCGGUGUAUGGUGUCUACGGGCCUGGAUACAAUCAGGCCGCGGAGAAGAAUGGCAAUGUCACCCGGAUUUUGGACAGAAAGGGAGUGGCGCCGUAUGCUCGUCCCAUUGAUGUGUUCAUGACCCCGGACGGUCAUCAGCCCAAUAUUGCCUGGUUGGAUCCGAUCGCGGCGAGCACUGGAAGGCCUUAA